UCACUAGUUACCAGCCCCUAGGGGAAACCAUGAAGCACAAGCAAAAUAUACAAACKGCAGGCGGAAACCUUUGAAGUAAGCAAUGUCUACAGAUGUAACUGUUCCUGAGUUGGUCCCUUUUGAAGAAUCCUUGAAGAGUGUGCGAUCUGACACUAGUGAAAUAAAUUGGGCAUUGGCUGGUCAUGUCUGCGGCAAYGUCAAUGCAAUAGAAUACAGGGCAUCUGGUAGUGGRGGACUUGCUGAACUUGAAACCAACCUGAAAGACGAUGAAGUCAUGUAUGCAUUGGUUAGACUUACAGAGAAAUUUGACUUGUCAACCAAUGUAAAGUUUGUGUAUAUCCACUGGAUAGGCAGUAAGGUUCCUUUUACAAAGAAAGGACGMUAUGGAAUAGUACAUGGUGCCGUUGUAGACAAGUUUGGGCAAAGUCACUGUAGUGUGGAAACAUCUUCAAAAGAGGACCUGACAGAGGAAGCCAUCAUGAAGUUGAUCAACGAAACAUCUGGAACUAAAAGUAAAGUCAUGGAGAAAUCUGAGGCUGCUACAAGAAUGGAUCGUGGUUUUACCAGUACUAGUAAUAUUGUCAGAACUGGUAAACAAAUGACGGGAGUCAAAGCACCAGAAGCAGUUACAGUUAAGAUAGAUGACAGCGUUGUCCAAGCGAUUUCUGAUGUGCGCAGUGAUGAGAGUUCAACUGACUGGUGUCUAGCCGAGUAUGAGAGUAACAAUCCCAAGAAUCCUGUUAUUCUUCGAGGUCAUGGAUCUARCGGUCUUGAUGAAAUCAAAGCACAUCUUGAAGAUGAUAGAGUUGCAUAUGUGUUGUUAAGACUGACCGAUGUGGUUGAUGGGAUAUCYACUGUCAAGUUUGUAUUCUUGCAGUGGGUKGGUGUCAAUGUCAAACCAAUGGCAAAGGGAAAGAUAAGYACACAUAGAUCAGCUAUUGACAAAGUGUUUAGUCCUGCUCAUGUCGUCAUCUACGUCACAAGUCAAAGUGAAAUCUYAUUGGAUGAUAUCAAAGAUAAGGUAGCCAGUGCUAGCGGYUCAAARUCUCACGUGAGAAAUAAAGAAACGCUUCGCUGAUUGGUUGUUACUGACCUAUAAGAACGCGACACGAUAGAUGGUUUAUAGGCAGUCCUGCUGACCAAAACGAUCGCAGUGAUC